AUGGCGGCUGAAUGGUUCGUACCGCUGUUGUUGCAGAUGCUGCUGCUGCUGUUGCUGCUAAGUGUUUCGGUGUUAUCAGAUCGUAUGCAGCAGGAGCAAGAACGGAAGCGCCCCCUUACCUUGACCGAGCAAAUCGAACUGAUCUUCGCCAGUAUCGAUGCGAUCGAUAUCGUCACGCCCGGUGUAGCGCACGACAGUGGCGUGCGCGGUGAAAAUGAGAGCUACGAGGAGCGCUUACUGCAACAGCAGCAGCGAACGGUGCGUCGUUACAGCUACGAGAUGCCGAUGGAGGAUGCCUGCACACCGGGGUUAAGCUGGCAGUGGGACCGAUUUCGAACGCAAUGGAACGAGAACGCGCGCACCGGCGCCGGGUACGUGAUAUAUGGCAACUUGAGUGCCUUGCUGACCGCUGGCUAUGCGUGUCUGUUCGAUCCCCUUGGUACCUAUCUGCUGCUAUUUGCCACUACUACCAGCGUAACGAGGCAGCAGUCGGUACAGAAGGAUGAAGUUGAGCCCGACACUAACCAGUGCCCUGCGCGAAGUGCUCAUAAGAGUCCUGCUCACGGUGUACUUAUCGAUUUGGCCAUCGGCAAACCCUUGCCGUGCGUACCAUGCCAUAAUUUCUAUGGGUUUUCCGUGCGAGUGGAGGUGUUUCGAUCGGUCUACAGCAACCCAGUAAUGCGAGAAGGAAUGACGACGGUGUACCGUGGAGCGGACAUUACCGCACGCGACGUACUGCAACAGUAUCUAAACAUUACCGUAAUCCACGUGCCGGCCGAUGCCGAUCUGUUCGGUGACCGAAUGCCUAAUGGCAGCUUCACAGGCGCCAUGGGCCGGCUGGUGCGGCGCGAGGUGGAUAUCGUGUUUACCGGUUUCUUCAUCAAGGACUACUUUACGCGUGACCUGGAGUUCACCGCCAGCGUCUACUCGGAUGCGGUAUGCUGUCUGGUGCGGAAGGCCCGUCGCAUACCGGAAUACCUGCUGCCACUGUACAUUUUCCCGGCCGACAUCUGGGCCAUGCUGGUAGGUCUGGGUGCCCUCUGUUCGCUGUGCUGGGCCACGCUGCGCGCCACCCUACAAUGUGUGCGGACGCGUGCUGGAGAGCGCCAUAAUGGCGCUAUCAUGGCGGCCACUACCAGAACCACUGGCGGAUGGCUGUCCCGUCGAUAUCGCUGGGCGGUGCUGUUCAACCAUUCGCGUACGAUACGGCAAGCAACCCCUGGUCGCCAAUUGCUGCAGAUAGUCAUCGAUACGUAUAUCCUGUUGCUGAGUGCUCCCUAUCAACGGUUCACUCGUGCCGGUCCUGAGCGACUCUUCCUCACCGGCCUGUUGCUCGUGAGCCUAAUUUUUGUCUCGCUCUACCAGUCCGGGCUAGCGGCUGUGUUUGUGAAUCCGAUGUACGGCCGCGACAUAAGCACGUUGGCGCAGCUGGACGAGAGUGAAAUGGCCAUUCCGGUGAAGUACCGGGGCUUCCUGGACGACGUUUUCGCUGUGAACUACAGCACCCGGAUGGAUUCACUGCGGCGUCGCAUGGUGCACCUACCAGUACAGGAGUCGAUGCUGACACGCGUCGCCCGGCUCGGCAAUAUUGCCACGGUUACGCGCAAAUCAUCACUGGACCUGGACAACGCAGUCUAUAUGGCAACGCGACAGCUACACCUCAUACCUGAAUGCCCGCGCACGUACAACCUGGCCUACGUGUUGCAGCGCCGGUCCGUGUUUGCCGAGUGCUUCAACCGGGUACUACUGCGUAUGGUUGGCGGUGGCUUGGUUCAGCACUGGAUCGACCAGAUGCGCUACGAGUGGACGCUCCGGAACUGGCGCGUCGUCCAAAGUAUGGUGGAAUCCAACUUCAAGGUACUCACCGUGCUGGACAUGCAAUUCGCCUUCUACGUGCUUACGAUCGGCUUAUCAUUUGCACUCUUUGCCAUCGCCGCCGAGUUACUCCACCAUCACUACUACUAG